GAUCCGUCGCUUCGCCCGUUCGCCGGGGCCACGCGCGCGCACCGGAGGAGGAGGAGGCCGUGACUUGAGUGAGGUUUUCUCCUCUCUUUUUUUUACCGCGGCGAGUUGUUACUGUUUCACCGCGCCUCCCUCCCCUCCUCCCCCGCCUUUUCCAUUUCGAGCUCGCCUCCCUCCCGUCCCCUCCGUGCUUGCUUCCUCCCCUCCCCCACCUCACCCACCUGCCCGUGGAGGCGGUGCGCGAGAGAGAGAGAGGGAGUUAGGGUUAGGGUUUUGGGUUGUCGAGUGGGUGGGUGGGGUGAGGGGAGUGGUCCAUCCAUGGACGGGGGGACGGGGCCGGGGGCGGAGCUGCUCUCGCCGGGGGAAGCCGAGUGGCCGCCCGAGCUCCGCCUCCCGCCUCCGCCGCCGCCGCAUCCUCCUCCUCCUCCCCCGCUCGAGCCGGCUCCGCCAUCCACUCCCCAGCUCCGCGGCGAGGCGUCCCCGCCCCCGCCUCCGCCUCCGCCCGUGGGACCACCCGGCGCGGCGGUGGUGGCCGCCGCCGCGAGGAAGGAGGCGUCCGCGUCCGCCGAGGGGUUUGAUGACUCGCACUUCCUCGGAUCGAUCAUGGGGGCGCCCGCGCACCAGCACCAGCACCAGCACCAGCAGCCGCCUGCCGUGGGGCCGCCGGUGGUGGUGAAGAGGAAGAGAGGGAGGCCGCCGAAGAACAGGGAUGGAGCGGCGCCGCCUCCGCCGCCCAAGCCGGUGAAGAAGAGGGAGGACGACGAGGACGUGGUGUGCUUCAUCUGCUUCGACGGGGGCAAUCUCGUGGUCUGCGAUAAAAAGGGUUGCACAAAAGUCUAUCAUCCUGCUUGCAUCAAGCGCGACGAAUCAUUCUUUCGAUCUCGGGCGAAAUGGACAUGUGGUUGGCACCUAUGCAGCACCUGUGAAAAGGCAGUACAGUACAUGUGCUAUACUUGUACAUACUCCCUCUGCAAAGGUUGCAUCAAACAAAAGCCAGUCAAAUUCUUUGGUGUCAGAGGGAAUAAGGGCUUCUGUGAUACCUGCUAUAGCACUAUACUGUUGAUAGAAUCCAAAGAUGAUCGUGCCAAGGCUAAGGUGGACUUCGAUGAUAAAAAUAAUUGGGAAUAUCUCUUCAAGUUGUAUUGGUUGGAUCUUAAAGGGAAACACUCUCUAACAUUGGAAGAACUUGUCAAUGCCAAAAGCUGUUGGACUGUUCGUAGCACUUCCGCUAGGAGAGAAAAGGAAGAUUCAUCCAAUGACCUCUAUGAUGCAAAUUUUGACCUUGAUGCCAGUUCUGAUGGCGCCUCAAGAAAACGAAGACGGAAUAGUUUUUCAGGGAAAAGGGGACGGAAACGCCAAAACAAUGGUGCUGAAAGCUUACCUAAGAGAGUGCAAAAUGAAGGAAUGACUUUUAUAGGUGACACACAAUGGGCAUCAUCAGAGCUCUUGGAAUUCAUUGGGCACAUGAGAAAUGGUGAUAUUUCUUAUAUUUCCCAAUUUGAUGUUCAGAUUCUUCUGCUUGAGUAUGUAAAGCAAAAAAAUCUUCGUGAUCCUCGCAGAAAAAGUCAAAUUAUUUGUGAUGCGAGGCUUGCCAAUUUGUUUAGGAAACCACAUGUUGGCCACUUUGAGAUGUUAAAGCUUUUGGAAAUGCAUUUUCAUGCGAAGGAGACGGUAAAUGGUGAUGGCCAAAAAGGCAUUGACUCAGAUUCAGCUCAAAUAGACAGUGGAGGAUAUAGUGAUAUGCCAAGUAAAUUAUGCUCUGAUAAGAGGAGGAAGAUUCAUAAGAAGAUUGAGAGAGAAUCACCAGCUAAUCUAGAGGAUUAUGCAGCGAUUGACAUGCACAAUAUCAAUUUGAUUUACUUGCGCCGCAGCUUGCUAGAGGAUCUUAUUGAUGAUAAUGGCACGUUCUCUGACAAAAUUACUGGUGCUUUCGUGAGGAUAAGGACUCCUUGUGUUGGCCAAAAGCAAGAUAUUUACCGCCUGGUGAAAGUUCUUGGUACACAUAAAGUAGCAGAACGGUACAGCGUCGGUAAGAAGACAACUGAUCAUGCGCUUGAGAUAUUAAAUUUAGAUAAAAAGGAGGUUAUCACGAUGGAUACAAUCUCAAAUCAAGAUUUCACAGAGGAGGAAUGCAAACGCUUACGCCAGAGCAUGAAGUGUGGUUUGAUUACCCGACUAAAAGUGGGAGACAUCCAUGAGAAAGCCAAAAUAUUCCAACUGCUGCGAGUUAAUGAUUGGUUAGAAAAUGAAAAGCAGAGACUGAGCCAUCUACGUGAUCGUGCUAGUGAAACUGGGCGCAGAAAACAGCUUAGGGAGUGUGUAGAGAAGUUGCAACUUCUGGGCACUCCUGAAGAAAGAGCACGCAUCAUUAAUGAAGAUCCAGAAGUACAUGUUGACCCAUGUAUGUCUCCUGAUUAUGAAUCUGCUGAAGAAUUGGAUGUUAAGAAAGCUGGUAUUUCAUUUGAUUCGACAAGUAGGAAUGGAUCAGACCUGUUAUUUCUUGGAAGAAAAGGAAUCGAAACAAACUCUCUGCAGAAUCAUAGACAAAAUUGUUCUGCCACUAGUCAUCACACGACUACAAGUCCACCUACUGAGGGUAUGACUCAUGGACAAGGAGAAGAAGCAUCGUUUGCAUCGUCAGAAAUUGUAUCAGGUGACAUGGAACCAGAAAAAGUAUGGCACUACAAGGAUCCUUCAGGAAGUGUUCAGGGCCCAUUCACACUUUUACAGCUGUCCAAGUGGGCAGCUUAUUUCCCACGUGACCUGAGAAUAUGGCUAACAUUUGAGAGUGAACAAAACUCACUGCUUUUGACUGAAGUUCUCUCGAAACAACAAAAAGAUUUCAUUCAGCCUUCUCCCAAAGUUGACAAUAAUAGGUCAACAUGGGAAGGCGUUGGGCAAGAUAGAGUUGACUCAAGUUUGACUGGAAAUAACUCUUCCUCUCCUAUUGGUUAUAAUGUGAUCUACUCUUCUCGGUUGCCUAGCCCAUCUGCUGACUAUUGUGCAUCAGCUAGAGAAGGCCCAAACCUUCCGAGUGGAACCUUGCCAUUCAUGACAAGCCAGAAAACACAAAAGGAUCCUCAGAUGUUGCAUGGCCAGGCACAGCAUCAGGGUGAUUAUUCAUGUACCAUCCCGUCAUCUGUGGUUUCAUAUAGACCAGCUGGUUCUCAUGAUGAGUGGCCCCCUCGAGGCAACAUUGGUGAAUGGAACAAUAGUCAGGAUAGUGGUGGUAUGUGGAGCCCAACCACACCUCACAUGAGUCGGAGCAAUUUGGAGCAUCAGCCUGACAGGUGUAUUACGAAGAAGCAAUUGCAGAAUGAUUCCAAACGUAAUACGCUAGCAGGAUCUGCAGAAAAUCUAAAUUCCCAAAUGGAUUUUGGUUCACAGAAAGUACACAUUCCUACUCCACAACAACCUGAGAGAGAUCUUGCCACUUCUGUUGGUACUUCAAGGCAAUUUGAGUUUAAAACUUGUCAUCAGGAAGGCUCUCACUGGAGUUCAACAGCAGACUCCAUUACUCAUGAUGGGCUUCAAUUAUCUCUUGCUUCAGCAAAGCCUGAGAGCUGCUCUGCAGUAAAUCCUAUUAGAGAUGGAGAUUCCAGUUCAGCUUCUCGUGUGCCUAAUCAAUCAGGAGCUCAUGUCUAUAGCCCACCACACCCAGCUACAACUAAUUUAAGCAAGAGUGAGGAGACUAUGAAUCAGUGUAAAUCGUGUGAGCCUGAAGCAUCAAAUAAAUCACGCAAGCCUGAUGCAUCACAUGCUCCAGUUAAUCAACAUCCUAAGCCUGAAAGUGAUCCAUUGUUACCUGAUACUCAAGAUUUUGAGCGCACGCAUCCUAGCCCAAGUACUGAACAUGACACAAAGGAGCCAUUGAAGGAUCAAUCGAGGUCAACAUCAGUAGCACCUGAAGGGUCGGGUACAAUGGCACAUGGACAGUCUUCCAUAGCUUUUAUAUCAGAAGCAUCUGGCCCACUUUCUAGUAAAAUUGUUGGCUUGCAACCACCCAAGGAUACAUCAUUUCUUGUCGAAAAAGAUAUAAAAGAUGGAGGUUCCAUUACACAAACAGAGCAACAAAAAGAAGAGAGUACAGCAUUUAAGAAAGAGAACGUAGCUGUUGAUCCUAUCUCUGACAGUGAAGCAAUAGUAUCUGGUGUGUUGGAAUCUUUGACAGAGACAUAUAAUCUGCAUGAAGAAACCGCUUUGGAAAAUUUCACGCCAACAUCUGCCGAGGAAGAACAACCGCAAUGCUCUACCCCUAUUGCAUUAUCUCCUUGGGAUGAAACAAGUGACUAUCAAGGUGAAGCUGUUGAUUCUGCUCUAUGGGGUGUCCAAGAUGACCAAAACAAUGAAAUGUGGUCAUUGUCUUCACCAACACCUACUCUCCAACCUUCAGGUAUUGGAGCUGAUACCAAAGGUGCUUCCUGUGCUAUAGAAGAGGUGAUAGUAGCCCAAGGAAAUAGUGGUGUUGUUGAACCGUCACCAGCACUGGAGAAGAAAAGGAUUGAAAAAGUACCAAGUGCUUCCAUAGAUCGUGGAGUACCAGAGCAGGUAAAACCAAAAUCAGAUGCUGCAUUAUCUCCAGAAGAGAGCAGAAAACCUUCAGGUUUGCAACUAUCAAGCACAUAUCUACAAGGGAGCACAAAAUCUUCAGGUUUGCCACCGUCAGGCACAUCUCUAGAUGGGGGCAUAGAACCUUCAGGUUUGCUACCUUCAGGAACUUCUUUGGAGUGGGGUACAAAAAUUUCAGGUGUGCAAUCCUCGGCCUCAUCUCUAGAGGGGAGCAAAAAGGCUUUUGUUAGGCAACCAUCAGGCUCUUCACUAGAGGGAAACACAAAAGCGUCAGGUAGGCAGCCGUCAGGUUCAUCUAUAGAGGGGAGUAAGAAACCUUCUGAUAGGCAGCCAUCAGGUGCAUCUCAAGAGGGGAAUACAAAGCCUUCAGGCUGGCAACAAUCUGUGUCGUCUCUUGAAGGUGGCACGAAACCUUCAGGCUGGAAACCUUCAAUUUCUAUAGACACGAAUACAAAAGCUUCAGGUUGGCUGCGAUCGAGCUCAUCUCCUGAUGUGGGCAGAAAAGCUUCAGCAUGGCAAUCAUCAGGUUCUUCGCCUGUUGCAGGGAGCUCAAAAGCAUCAGGUUGGCAGCCAUCACCUCGCGAGAGCUCGAAAUCUAAGCCUAAUUCCACAUGGGGUGCCGGCCAAAGCCGCAACUCGUCUUCGCACCAAUCAACAACACCAACAGCUAAAUACUCAUCAGAAACCCCAAGGAGACAAGGAAACAACAACACAAAUUCUGCUGGCUGGGGAGACUCUCUCGGAAACAAGAGCUGGCAUUCACCCUCAGGCAAUGCGAGCAGCCGAGGCAGCCAUUCUAGCCACCACCAUGACCGGCACAAUCAGAGCAGCGAACCAUGGCGUGGUGGCUCAAAUCAUUCCAGGAGAUCAGAUCAUCGUCAAGAACAUGGCAACGGUGGCUCGUCGAGAUCAUCGUCGUCGAGGGGGCAAUCUCAAAGGGGGAUCUGUAGAUACUACGAGAAUGGCUACUGCAGGAAGGGCACUUCCUGCCAGUUCCUCCACCGUUGAAAACGCCCUCACAUUUUUGUACAGCCCUAAAUGAUUUCUCACUCACUCCGUAGUCAGCACAGAAGUGACCUUUAUUUAACCUUCUCGGCACCACUCAGCUGUUAGUAAGUAUAUACAUAUCCAUCAGCACAGGAGUAUGAUUAAGUUAGCAUUUUAUGCUUGGAAAAACAGCCACUGAUGUACGGCCACGACUGUAGAUCCUUCUCUUUAGGUGAAUGAUGCAUUUUGAUUGAUCCUGUUAGGUUUAGUGGAAUUAUGAGUUCACCCGCUUUAAAUCUCCCUUGAUCGCGUAUGCAAGAAGCAAAAUUUUGAUA